AUGUCCGCUGCCAAACAAACUAUCUUAGUCAUUGGUGCUACUGGUAAACAAGGUUCUGCCGUUGUCAGAGCUCUUGAUAAAUCCAAAUAUAAAGUCAUUGCCGCCACACGAGAUGCGUCAAGUGAUGCCGCCAAGGCGUUGGGUGUCGAUCUCGUUGAAGGAACUCUUGAUAAAGCCGAGGUACUAUUCAAAGAACCCAUCUAUGGUUUAUUCGUUGCUUUAGGUGACAAUGAUGCCGAGAGACACUUGGAGCAAGGUCUUUCCAUCUUCGAUGCUGCUGCUAAACACGGCGUCAAACAUGUGGUAUAUUCUGGAUUGGAGAAAGGAUUUCCUAAAGAAAGUCCUGUUCCCUUCUGGAACUCCAAAGCCAAGCUCGAAGAGGUUUUGGUCAAGCAACCCUUCAAAUGGACCAUCUUAGGUCCAGUGGGAUUCAUGGAAAACUUUUAUUGGCCAUUAUAUCUUGAUCAAGUUUCAACCACAUGGAAAACGUCCAAAGUGAAAACAAGAAAAUUAAUCGCUUGUUCAGAUAUAGGUAAGAUCGCAGCUGAAGCUUUCGAUCAUCCUGAAGAAUAUGUAGGAAAAAACCUUAGUAUCACAGGUGAUGAACUUACUCCUGAUGAAAUCAUCUCCACUUGGAAAGAGGUCACGGGUCAAGAUUUACAAGCUAAAGAAAACCCUGUUUUCCCUCCUGGUCUUGAUGUCGCUUUCGAGUGGUUUGACAACAACGAAUUCACAGCUGAUCUCGCUGAGAACAAGAAACAAUUCCCUUGGCUCACCAGCUUCAAAUCUUGGUUGGAGCAAACUCCUUUCAAGAAGUAG